CACCGCGGCACCGGAUGUCAUGGAGUUAAAAAAAAGAGAGAGAAAGACGGGUGAGUGAUUUCCACAGGAAACUCCUUCCGCCGUGGAGCGCGUUUGUGAAGGGCUGCCAUUUUAGCGAGCUUACGCAUCACAAAUGAAACAUGGGGCUUAAAGUGGUCCAGCUCACCUCCAAGUCCCACCAUGAAAACAUCCUGUCGUCCCUCCAUCAGCUGAGGCUGCAGGGGCAGCUAAAUGACGUCACGGUGCAGGUGGACUACCAGGGAGACGUGCAGGAGUUUCAGGCCCAUCAGUUGAUGCUGGCGGCAUCCAGCGGCUACUUCAAGAAGAUCCUGCUCUCUCAGGACGCCGGCCGAGACAAAGUGCUGCUGUCCAACAUGCACUCUGGGGAUUUCUCCAAGUUUUUGGAAUUUGUGUACACCGGUAAAGUCGAGGUCGUCCGAGACAAGGUCGGCGACGUCCAAGCAGUCGCUCAACUGUUGGACUGUGAGGACCUGUCCGAGGUUUGUGGUGAGGCCAUGACUGCUGGAAUCCUACCAAAAACCACGAAGAAGAAAUCCGCAUCAAAAGUUGCAGAUAAGGGGGAUUUACACGGUGCCGAGGAGACGAAGAAGCAGCCGAAAAGGGCAGUUCUUAAGCGGCGGCUCUCUCCACAGAGCUCCGAGAAAGAAGUCAUCCCAAAAAGAUUAAAGGCAAAGGAAGUGAAGGACGAAGGACAAGGAAAAAUCCUCAAGCUGAGGUUGGCCGGCCGCAAAGUCCUUCAGAGGCGUUUAACUAAGAAAAGCGAGGCCAACCGAGACCCAGCGACCAACGAGGACACAGACGAGACAGCCGCUCCGGCGGAGAAAGGACACGCGCCUUCAUUGGAGACGCCAGAAUCGGAUAUGGAUGAUUGGGAAUGUGAGGAGGGUGUGCAGAGCAGUGAUCCCGAAGACUCCUUGUUGUUAUCUCCGGAGGACGAGGACUAUGAGGACGAUGGGGAAGAUGACGAGGAGGGACAGUCCAAGAAGACAGUUAAAAAUACCUCCAAGGCCCAGUUCCAGUGUAACAAGUGCCAACGGACCUUCCACUAUGAGAGAAGCUACUUGAAGCACAUUAGUACGUACCAUGGAGUGAAAGCAGACGUCGUCCAUCGCUGUGAGAUCUGCCAGCAGACCUUCGCUAACCGCAGCAACCUGAAGAUCCACGAGAAGCACGUCCACAGCAGCGAGAGGCUGUUCACCUGCGAAAUCUGUGCCAAGUCCUUCAAGCGAAAGAAGGACGUUGUCCGCCAUCAAAGACAGGUACACGAACGCAACACCAUGCGCCACAUCUGCCCCGACUGCGGGAAGGCGCUGAGCUCCAAGGCCGCCCUGUUGUUGCACGAGAGGACGCACACGGGGGCGAAGCCCUACGAGUGCAACGACUGCGGGUCCAGAUUCACCCAGAACUCCGCCCUCAAGAUGCACCGCAGGAUUCACACAGGAGAGAAGCCGUUUGCGUGCGACGAGUGCGAAUCCCGCUUCACUCAGAAGCACAUGUUGGCCUAUCACAAGCGGUCACACACAGGGGAGAAACCCUUCAUGUGUGAGGCGUGCGGGAAAAGCUUUGCAUCUAAAGAAUACCUGAGACACCACUCCAACAUCCACACCGGGACCAAGCCGUACAAGUGCGAGCUGUGUGGCCGAGGCUUCGCUCAGAGGAACUCCCUCCACCAGCACCUCAAGACACACACAGGCGAGCGUCCCUUCGGGUGUAAGGACUUUGACAAGAAGUUUACGCCGCUCAACGCCCUCCAGAGGCACCAGCGCAUCCACACGGGAGAGAAGCCGUACAUGUGCGGCCUUUGUAGGCGCACCUUCACCGACAAGUCCACCCUUCGCCGGCACACCAUGAUCCAUGACUCGGAUGCUCCCUGGAAAAACUACCUCGUGGUGCUGGAGGGAAACGUGGAAGACAAGAAACCCAAACCCCCCACUAAGGGAAAGACGGAUAAGGCAGAAGUAAAGGAGAAAAGGGGCGGGGUCAGAAAAAGUGCUGCGGUGGCAGGCGCCGCUGAUAAAACCCACACGGACUCCUUUGCGGCGCCGUCCGACCCGGUCGCCCUCCCGGUGGAAUGGACCGGUCAGGGGGCCGUCGCUCUGGUGAGCCACGACACCCUCGGCAGGAUCACGGUGUUUCACACAGAGAUGCUUCCCGGGACCCGGAUCCAGCCCGUCGGGACCACCGACAGCGCGGGGGCCAGCGUCGUCUCUUUGGACGGAGCGGCCGUCCCCGUCUCCCUCUCCAGCCCGGUGUCCGUGGCGCACAUCGUCCCCUCCUCCCUCUGUCCGCCGCCCCCCUCGGAUCCCGUUUCCGACGGCGAGUUGCCGCCGCUCCCCGCGAUCCGGAUCGUGUCGACGUCGUCCGUCCUGGAGGCGGCUGCCUCGCAGACCAUUCUGGCUCCGGUCUGGCAGCCUGCGGCCGCCGUCGAGGACGCCGUCUCGCAGUCUGACAUCCAGACCGUGAUCGUUGGCGCCAAUGAUUCUGGAGCGGAAGCGACUGCCGCCAUCCUGAGUGAUGAAGAGGAGAAGGCAGCGGAGGAGCCCUCGGGCCAACCUGAAGGGGCCGAAGAAGCUGUGUAGGAAAUGCUCCUGGAUGAAUGUUGUAUCAUGUACAUACUUCUGCAGUUGCGGUGUGUGAAUGUGGGAUCGACCACGUUACAAACUCCGUUUCAUGGACACACUUGAUGUGCUUCUCGCACUCCAUUGAAACAACAAUAAUAAAAGGUAUUGGUGAUUAACGGAG